AUGUUGGUACGAUGCAACGUGGAGCGAGAUGGGAGGGCGAGUGUGAAUGACGAGCAGGGAAAGCGAGAUGGGAGGGCGAGUGUGAAGGACGAGCAGGGAAAGCGAGAUGGGAGGGCGAGUGUGAAGGACGAGCAGGGAAAGCGAGAUGGGAGGGCGAGUGUGAACGACGAGCAGGGAAAGCGAGAUGGGAGGGCGAGUGUGAACGACGAGCAGGGAAAGCGAGAUGGGAGGGCGAGUGUGAACGACGAGCAGGGAAAGCGAGAUGGGAGGGCGAGUGUGAAGGACGAGCAGGGAAAGCGAGAUGGGAGGGCGAGUGUGAACGACGAGCAGGGAAAGCGAGAUGGGAGGGCGAGUGUGAAGGACGAGCAGGGAAAGCGAGAUGGGAGGGCGAGUGUGAACGACGAGCAGGGAAAGCGAGAUGGGAGGGCGAGUGUGAAGGACGAGCAGGGAAAGCGAGAUGGGAGGGCGAGUGUGAAGGACGAGCAGGGAAAGCGAGAUGGGAGGGCGAGUGUGAAGGACGAGCAGGGAAAGCGAGAUGGGAGGGCGAGUGUGAAGGACGAGCAGGGAAAGCGAGAUGGGAGGGCGAGUGUGAAGGACGAGCAGGGAAAGCGAGAUGGGAGGGCGAGUGUGAACGACGAGCAGGGAAAGCGAGAUGGGAGGGCGAGUGUGAAGGACGAGCAGGGAAAGCGAGAUGGGAGGGCGAGUGUGAAGGACGAGCAGGGAAAGCGAGAUGGGAGGGCGAGUGUGAAUGACGAGCAGGGAAAGCGAGAUGGGAGGGCGAGUGUGAAGGACGAGCAGGGAAAGCGAGAUGGGAGGGCGAGUGUGAACGACGAGCAGGGAAAGCGAGAUGGGAGGGCGAGUGUGAACGACGAGCAGGGAAAGCGAGAUGGGAGGGCGAGUGUGAACGACGAGCAGGGAAAGCGAGAUGGGAGGGCGAGUGAAAAGGACGAGCAGGGAAAGCGAGAUGGGAGGGCGAGUGUGAAGGACGAGCAGGGAAAGCGAGAUGGGAGGGCGAGUGUGAACGACGAGCAGGGAAAGCGAGAUGGGAGGGCGAGUGUGAAGGACGAGCAGGGAAAGCGAGAUGGGAGGGCGAGUGUGAAGGACGAGCAGGGAAAGCGAGAUGGGAGGGCGAGUGUGAAGGACGAGCAGGGAAAGCGAGAUGGGAGGGCGAGUGUGAAGGACGAGCAGGGAAAGCGAGAUGGGAGGGCGAGUGUGAAGGACGAGCAGGGAAAGCGAGAUGGGAGGGCGAGUGUGAACGACGAGCAGGGAAAGCGAGAUGGGAGGGCGAGUGUGAAGGACGAGCAGGGAAAGCGAGAUGGGAGGGCGAGUGUGAAGGACGAGCAGGGAAAGCGAGAUGGGAGGGCGAGUGUGAAGGACGAGCAGGGAAAGCGAGAUGGGAGGGCGAGUGUGAAGGACGAGCAGGGAAAGCGAGAUGGGAGGGCGAGUGUGAACGACGAGCAGGGAAAGCGAGAUGGGAGGGCGAGUGUGAACGACGAGCAGGGAAAGCGAGAUGGGAGGGCGAGUGUGAACGACGAGCAGGGAAAGCGAGAUGGGAGGGCGAGUGUGAAGGACGAGCAGGGAAAGCGAGAUGGGAGGGCGAGUGUGAACGACGAGCAGGGAAAGCGAGAUGGGAGGGCGAGUGUGAAGGACGAGCAGGGAAAGCGAGAUGGGAGGGCGAGUGUGAACGACGAGCAGGGAAAGCGAGAUGGGAGGGCGAGUGUGAAGGACGAGCAGGGAAAGCGAGAUGGGAGGGCGAGUGUGAAGGACGAGCAGGGAAAGCGAGAUGGGAGGGCGAGUGUGAAGGACGAGCAGGGAAAGCGAGAUGGGAGGGCGAGUGUGAAGGACGAGCAGGGAAAGCGAGAUGGGAGGGCGAGUGUGAAGGACGAGCAGGGAAAGCGAGAUGGGAGGGCGAGUGUGAACGACGAGCAGGGAAAGCGAGAUGGGAGGGCGAGUGUGAAGGACGAGCAGGGAAAGCGAGAUGGGAGGGCGAGUGUGAAGGACGAGCAGGGAAAGCGAGAUGGGAGGGCGAGUGUGAAUGACGAGCAGGGAAAGCGAGAUGGGAGGGCGAGUGUGAAGGACGAGCAGGGAAAGCGAGAUGGGAGGGCGAGUGUGAACGACGAGCAGGGAAAGCGAGAUGGGAGGGCGAGUGUGAACGACGAGCAGGGAAAGCGAGAUGGGAGGGCGAGUGUGAACGACGAGCAGGGAAAGCGAGAUGGGAGGGCGAGUGAAAAGGACGAGCAGGGAAAGCGAGAUGGGAGGGCGAGUGUGAAGGACGAGCAGGGAAAGCGAGAUGGGAGGGCGAGUGUGAACGACGAGCAGGGAAAGCGAGAUGGGAGGGCGAGUGUGAAGGACGAGCAGGGAAAGCGAGAUGGGAGGGCGAGUGUGAAGGACGAGCAGGGAAAGCGAGAUGGGAGGGCGAGUGUGAAGGACGAGCAGGGAAAGCGAGAUGGGAGGGCGAGUGUGAAGGACGAGCAGGGAAAGCGAGAUGGGAGGGCGAGUGUGAAGGACGAGCAGGGAAAGCGAGAUGGGAGGGCGAGUGUGAACGACGAGCAGGGAAAGCGAGAUGGGAGGGCGAGUGUGAAGGACGAGCAGGGAAAGCGAGAUGGGAGGGCGAGUGUGAAGGACGAGCAGGGAAAGCGAGAUGGGAGGGCGAGUGUGAAGGACGAGCAGGGAAAGCGAGAUGGGAGGGCGAGUGUGAACGACGAGCAGGGAAAGCGAGAUGGGAGGGCGAGUGUGAACGACGAGCAGGGAAAGCGAGAUGGGAGGGCGAGUGUGAACGACGAGCAGGGAAAGCGAGAUGGGAGGGCGAGUGUGAACGACGAGCAGGGAAAGCGAGAUGGGAGGGCGAGUGAAAAGGACGAGCAGGGAAAGCGAGAUGGGAGGGCGAGUGUGAAGGACGAGCAGGGAAAGCGAGAUGGGAGGGCGAGUGUGAACGACGAGCAGGGAAAGCGAGAUGGGAGGGCGAGUGUGAAGGACGAGCAGGGAAAGCGAGAUGGGAGGGCGAGUGUGAAGGACGAGCAAGGAAAGCGAGAUGGGAGGGCGAGUGUGAAGGACGAGCAGGGAAAGCGAGAUGGGAGGGCGAGUGUGAAGGACGAGCAGGGAAAGCGAGAUGGGAGGGCGAGUGUGAAGGACGAGCAGGGAAAGCGAGAUGGGAGGGCGAGUGUGAAGGACGAGCAGGGAAAGCGAGAUGGGAGGGCGAGUGUGAAGGACGAGCAGGGAAAGCGAGAUGGGAGGGCGAGUGUGAAGGACGAGCAGGGAAAGCGAGAUGGGAGGGCGAGUGUGAAGGACGAGCAGGGAAAGCGAGAUGGGAGGGCGAGUGUGAAGGACGAGCAGGGAAAGCGAGAUGGGAGGGCGAGUGUGAAGGACGAGCAGGGAAAGCGAGAUGGGAGGGCGAGUGUGAAGGACGAGCAGGGAAAGCGAGAUGGGAGGGCGAGUGUGAAGGACGAGCAGGGAAAGCGAGAUGGGAGGGCGAGUGUGAAGGACGAGCAGGGAAAGCGAGAUGGGAGGGCGAGUGUGAACGACGAGCAGGGAAAGCGAGAUGGGAGGGCGAGUGUGAAGGACGAGCAGGGAAAGCGAGAUGGGAGGGCGAGUGUGAACGACGAGCAGGGAAAGCGAGAUGGGAGGGCGAGUGUGAAGGACGAGCAGGGAAAGCGAGAUGGGAGGGCGAGUGUGAACGACGAGCAGGGAAAGCGAGAUGGGAGGGCGAGUGUGAACGACGAGCAGGGAAAGCGAGAUGGGAGGGCGAGUGUGAAGGACGAGCAGGGAAAGCGAGAUGGGAGGGCGAGUGUGAAGGACGAGCAGGGAAAGCGAGAUGGGAGGGCGAGUGUGAAGGACGAGCAGGGAAAGCGAGAUGGGAGGGCGAGUGUGAAGGACGAGCAGGGAAAGCGAGAUGGGAGGGCGACUGUGAAGGACGAGCAGGGAAAGCGAGAUGGGAGGGCGAGUGUGAACGACGAGCAGGGAAAGCGAGAUGGGAGGGCGAGUGUGAACGACGAGCAGGGAAAGUGA